UGCAAAUACGUCGAGUUCACGCGGGCAAGCAAAGAGGUAGUGCGCCGUCGAGAUCGAGAGCAGGUUUCCGUAGUGCAUGACCAGGCCAUGGCGACCAAGCUCGACCAUAUCGCGGACGCGACAAUCCAACAGCUUGUCGAGCGUGAAGAGGCGGCGCUGGCAGCGUCGAGAUAUCCUUUUUCCCGUCUGUGCCGUGCCGUCCAUGGCUUCCAUUCGAACUUCCUUCCAUCACACCCACGGCAGUCGACUACGCGCAUGCGGCGGACCUGACAGACGCAGCGAUGGCGCAAGUGACGCGAAAACGCGUCGAGCACGUCGGCGCGGCCGCUCAAUGCGAAUGGAAGCAAGUGCAUCUGGACGCGACGAGCGCCCGCAUGACAUUUGCAGCAUCGCUGCGAGAUCGGGCACACGCCCUGUGGCGGUGUCUGCGCCAUGAGGACGCCUCGGAAUCGUUCCCGUCUGCACACGACAUACUGGCCACGGAGCCAGAUGACAGCGCGCUAGGACUACACUGUGGUCGCGGCGCCGCCACCGACCUCGACGGAGACCGCCGUGCGGCGCACCUCCGCAAGUGGGCGGGCCACGAACGCUGGAAUGUGGAUGCCGCCCAUGCCGCGCAGCUUCGAGCAGUCGAUCUAGCAUGGAACGCAUACAGGGAAGUCUUGACGUCCCAAGUGUCGGCGGACCUUGCGACGUGCGACCGCAUGCCGAGCGCGGCGCGAGCCAUGAAACAGCGCCAACUCGUGCGGGCCGCGUUCGACGCGGCCAUGGAGGUGCAUGGGAGGACCGGUUGCCAUGAACACGGAAUAUGCAUUGUUACGAUAGACUGCGGAGCUCCGCCAACGCCACGCUGUGCGCCAACUGGACCGACAGCACCGGGACCUGCACGCGGAGAUCGAUGCCAAGGACGUCGAGUUGAAAUUCGUCGCCGUCGUGCGGGACCAGGCAGUGCAAGAGUUUCGCCGACUCGACGCGUGGAUUCACGUGUGCAUGUACGACCGUCCCUUGCCACGAAGAUCGCGACUGUCCCCGUAGAUCGAUCGUGCGUGAUGCGCUUGCGGCAUGCCGGUCCACGACACCGCCGCCGCCGUCCUGGCUGACUCACGUCAAGGACGGCCGUUGCUCCAAGAACCACCCCUUGCCCCCGCUGGUCAAACGUCCCCAUGCCUUGGUGCCGCCGCCGCCGUCGCUGAAGACGCCAACCCGUCUGUCCAAUCGUCGACCGUGUGUGUAGAGCAUCGGCGACAUUGCCGAUGGCAGCAUUCUUGAGUAGAUGGCGCGCUGCUUGUCCCUUCACAUCUUGUACGUCCGCUGGGCGGACAGUCGACCGACCGCUCUAGAUCACUACAGGGCGGCGCGAGUGUUGGUGCAGCACACUGUCGUCGGUGGUCCCAUGACACGCCUUCCAUCCGGUUCACGGUGUGAGCUAUGGGUGUGUGGGUGGGACCGUAACGUAUCGAUCGCCGAGAGCCAGCCCGUCCCAUCGAUCUCUCGCGUAUCCGCGCCAACAACCAGCAGUCCGUCCUUCCUCGCCGCUCGUCCACCCACCCCACACUGCAUCUCGUCCUGGCAUUCUCGUCCCGACGUUCCAUCUCCCGACGUUUCCCCCGAUUCCGCCGCCAAAUUUAGCUUAGCCGAGUCAGCCGAAUUCCUGUCUCUGAUUGGUCCGUUUCGGAAUUCCAGCGAAUUGAUUGGUCCGUCCGACCCCAAUAACCGCGCCCAAUUCCGCG